CCGGCUUCGGAGAGCCUAGUUUUCUCCGCUGGCCCCGCCCUCGCGUGACGGCCGGACCGGGAAUUGGCAGCGGCGCUGCAGCCUUUUCCGGUUUCGGGGAGGUGGGUGCGGUGCGGAGCGGGAGUUGGCGCCGCAGCCGCCUCCAGAGCCUGCCCUGCUGCCGGGUGCUACCGGGACGAUGCGGCCGGAGCCUGGAGGCUGCUGCUGCCGCCGCCCGCUGCGGGCGAACGGCUGCGUGAAGAACGGGGAGGUGAGGAACGGGUACGUGAGGAGCAGCACCGCCACCGCCGCCGCUGCCGGCCAGAUUCAUCAUGUUACAGAAAAUGGAGGACUGUAUAAAAGACCGUUUAAUGAAGUUUUUGAAGAAACACCCAUGCUGGUUGCUGUGCUCACAUAUGUGGGGUAUGGGGUCCUCACCCUCUUUGGAUAUCUUCGAGAUUUCUUGAGGCACUGGAGAAUUGAAAAGUGCCACCAUGCAACAGAAAGAGAAGAACAAAAGGACUUUGUGUCAUUGUAUCAGGAUUUCGAGAACUUCUAUACAAGAAACCUCUACAUGAGAAUAAGAGACAACUGGAACCGACCUAUCUGUAGUGUGCCUGGAGCCAGGGUGGAUAUCAUGGAGAGAAAGUCCCAUGACUAUAACUGGUCAUUCAAGUACACAGGGAAUAUAAUUAAAGGUGUUAUAAACAUGGGUUCCUACAACUACCUUGGAUUUGCGAGGAACACUGGAUCAUGUCAGGAAGCAGCUGCCGAAGUUCUUAAGGAGUAUGGAGCUGGAGUGUGCAGCACUCGGCAGGAGAUUGGAAACCUGGACAAACAUGAAGAACUAGAGAAACUGGUAGCAAGGUUCUUGGGCGUGGAAGCUGCUAUGACCUAUGGCAUGGGAUUUGCAACAAAUUCAAUGAACAUUCCUGCUCUUGUUGGCAAAGGUUGCCUGAUUCUGAGUGAUGAGCUGAACCAUGCAUCACUGGUUCUAGGAGCCAGGCUGUCGGGAGCAACCAUUCGAAUCUUCAAACAUAACAAUAUGCAAAGCUUGGAGAAGCUUUUGAAAGAUGCCAUUGUUUAUGGGCAACCUCGGACAAGAAGGCCCUGGAAGAAAAUCCUCAUCCUUGUGGAAGGCAUAUAUAGCAUGGAAGGAUCUAUUGUUCGCCUUCCUGAAGUGAUUGCUCUCAAGAAGAAGUACAAGGCAUACUUGUAUCUGGAUGAGGCACACAGCAUUGGGGCCCUUGGCCCUUCAGGGCGAGGUGUGGUAGACUACUUUGGCCUGGAUCCCGAGGAUGUAGAUGUUAUGAUGGGAACAUUCACAAAGAGCUUCGGCGCUUCUGGAGGAUACAUUGGUGGCAAGAAGGCGCUGAUAGACUAUCUUCGCACUCAUUCUCACAGUGCUGUGUACGCCACAUCGAUGUCACCACCUGUGGUUGAGCAGAUCAUCACCUCCAUGAAGUGCAUCAUGGGACAGGAUGGCACCACCCUUGGCAAAGAAUGUGUACAGCAGUUGGCUGAGAACACCAAGUACUUCAGGAGACGCCUGAAGGAAAUGGGGUUCAUCAUCUAUGGCAAUGAAGAUUCCCCAGUGGUGCCUUUGAUGCUCUACAUGCCGGCCAAAAUUGGUGCCUUUGGGCGGGAGAUGCUGAAGCGGAACAUUGGUGUAGUUGUGGUGGGGUUUCCUGCUACCCCAAUCAUUGAGUCCAGAGCCAGAUUCUGCCUGUCAGCAGCUCAUACCAAAGAAAUACUUGAUACGGCUUUAAAGGAAAUAGAUGAAGUUGGGGACCUGCUGCAGCUGAAGUACUCACGCCGUCGGCUGGUGCCUCUGUUGGACAGGCCCUUUGAUGAGACUACCUAUGAGGAGACAGAAGACUGAGCCUUUUUGGUGCUCCCUAGAGGGGGAAACUCUCUCCCAGGACAGCGUGUGGCCUUUCUGAGCCAGUUCCAGGAACCACACUUCAGUGACCACCUCAUGUGAAAGACAGUUCUGAAGCUACUGAAGGUGGCCACCUCCACUCCAAAUGGCAUUUUGUAAAUAGUAAAAACAAACAAACUGCUUCACAUUCUUCUUUUGUUUGCUAAGU